AUGGAGAAACAAAUUAGCUCAUCCGAGUCAUAUGAUGAUGCAUUAGAAUUUAUUAAACAAGAUCAUAAUCAAAUUGAAAUUGAUAAUCACAAAAUAGUUAAGAAAUUAGAUUUUAUUAUAUUACCAAUAUUAUGUGGAAUAUAUCUUUUACAAUAUUUAGAUAAAUUAUUAUUAAAUUAUGCAGCAGCAAUGGGUAUUAAACAAAAUUUAAAAGGUAAUGAAUUUGCAAAUUUAUCAACAAUAUUUUAUGCAGCUUAUAUAUUUGGAGUUCCAAUUGUAUCAUAUUUUUUACAAAAAUUUCCUUUAGGUAAGUGUUUAGGAAUAUUUAUUAUAUGUUGGGGUAUAGUAGUUACUUGUCAUUCAGCAUCAAAGAGCUAUACAUCAUUAAUGAUUGUUAGAACAUUAUUAGGUAUAUUUGAAUCAUCAAGUGCCGUUGGAUUAAUUAUAAUUAGUGGAAUGUAUUAUACAAAAAGACAACAAGUUGCAAGAAUGGGAAUAUGGUCAACAAUGGCAGGAAUUGGAUCAAUUUUGGGGGGGUUACUAAGUUUUGCAUUUCAACAUAUAAAGACAAAUAAAUUUCAAUCAUGGCAGAUAUUAUUCCUUGUGAUGGGGUUAAUUACAAUAGUUUUUGGAGUAGUAGUAGUUUUUAUCCUCCCUGAUAAUGUUCAUACAUGUUGGUUCUUAAAUGAUGGAGAAAAACUAUACAUCUUAAAUAAUGUUGUCAGAAUUAAUCAAACAGGAACAAAAAGUUCAAAAUUUAAAAAAGAACAAAUUUGGGAAUUAUUUUAUGAUAAAUUUACUUGGUUACAUGUUUUAGUUACGUUGUGUUCUCAAAUUGUAACUGGUGCUAUAGGUACAUUUGGAGUUACAAUAACUUUAACUUUUGGUUUCAAUAAUUAUCAAUCUGCUUUAUUACAAAUGCCAAUUGGUGGUUUGGUUGUUAUAAUAAUAUUUGUAACUACUCAAUUAGUUUCAAAAUUUGGUAAUCAUACAUUAUUUAUGGCUUCAAUGUUUUUCCCCUCCAUCGUUGGUGCUAUUGUUUUAAUUAUAUCUCCAAAUAAAGUUGGUAAUUUAUUAGCAUUAUAUCUUUUAUAUAGUGGAUCAUCAAGUAUUACAUUAAUUUAUGCAUGGAUUGGUGCAAAUACUGCAGGUACUUCAAAGAAAUUUAUAAGAAGUUCAAUGAUUAUGAUAUCGUUUUCCAUAGCUUGUAUUAUUGGACCUCAAUUAUUUCAAGCUUAUAGUGCUCCAGAUUAUCAUCCUGCAAAAAUUACUAUUUUAGUUACCCAAUGUUUAUCUGUUCCAAUAACUUUAUUAAUUGGAUAUUUAUAUAAAAAGGAAAAUGCAAUGAGGGAUAUGGAGGUUGAUGAAAAUGAGAAUGAAUUCUUAGAUCUUACAGAUAUUGAAAAUAGACUGUUUAGGUAUAUUUAUUAG